CCCCGCUUGGUUCCCUUCCCUUAGGCCGCCCAGCGCCUUCCGCUCCCAUAGUGCAUCGCGUCGAAUCAUGGACCAUAAUGACAGCGAUUUGCAAGGGACAAACAGUAUGGGUUCCCUGAGCGGGUUGGAUGUCCGAAGACGAAUUCCAAUAAAACUCAUCUCCAAACAUCCAAAUAAAAGUAAACUUUCUCCUCGUCCUCCAAGAAACAUGAACCGAAUGCCUGCAAAGCCACAGUCAGGUGAAGAAGGCUCCCCUACCCCGUCGGAUGACGGAGCAGGAGGUGGAGCCCCGACCCAGUGCCAAGGGACAUUGUCGCUGGAAUUGGGCUUUGAUUACAACGAGGAAGAAAGAUAUGAUAACAAAGGAGGAGACAUGUUUGGGAAUCAAAGAAGAUUUCCUUCUCUCAUGUUUUGGGACUAUAAGCUGAAUCUUAUUGGAGAAAAGGAUGAAAUUCCUGUCCACUUAUGUGACAAAUGUGGCUUGCCUAUAAAACUUUAUGGACGUAUGAUCCCUUGCAAGCAUGUUUUCUGCUAUGAUUGUGCUUUGCAACACGAAAAAAAGGCUGAUAAACUGUGUCCAGGAACACUUGUUGAAGAAAGUACUGACACCUAUAAGCGUUUGAGUUGUAAUGAUCCUGUUCAACGAAUUGAGCAGUGUACUCGUGGAUCUCUCUUCAUGUGCAGCAUUGUACAAGGAUGUAAAAGAACAUAUUUGUCUCAAAGAGACUUGCAAGCACACAUAAAUCAUCGCCACAUGAGAGCUGGGAAGCCAGCUGCCCGUCCGCAGCCAGAGCCAAUUCAUCCUCCAAUGGCCCCACCACCUGCAGAAAUUACUGAUCGUUUCAUAAUGCCCCCAGACAAGCACCACCUAAGUCAUAUGCCCCCAAAACAGCACAUACUAAUGCCCCCACCUCCAAUACAGCAUGUACCUCAUGAACAUUUUAAUCAGCAACAUGAAGACAUGCGGGGAUCACCUGCUGAUAUUUCCAUGGCUCCCCCACCACCCCGUUCUGUUAAUCAGGAUGCUUUCCGGAUUAAUACUAGAAAACACAGUAAUUUGAUAACUGUACCUAUACAGGAUGAUUCCAGUUCUGGUGCUAGAGAAACUCCUCAAGCUCCUGGUCCUACUCUGCAUCAUCCUGAGUAUCCAGGACAGCCAGUAGUAACUCAUCCCCACCAUAUUAUGCCUCCGCAGCAACAUUAUGCACCUCCUCCACCACCCCCACCCCCAAUCAGCCAUCCAAUGCAACACCCUCCUCAAGCAGCAGGUACGCCUCAUAUGGUUUACAGCCAAGGUCCUCCACCACCAAUGACAUCUGCUCCACCCCCAAUUACACCACCACCUGGACACAUAAUUGCUCAAAUGCCACCAUACAUGAAUCAUCCUCCUCCAGGACCUCCACCACAACAUGGUGGCCCACCUGUAAAUGCUCCUCCCCCUCAUCAUUACAACCCUAAUUCUUUGCCACAAUUUAAUGAAGAUCAAGGAACUCUCAGUCCACCAUUCACACAACCUGGAGGGAUGAGCCCAGGAAUAUGGCCUGCUCCAAGAGGGCCUCCACCACCUCCACGAAUGCAAGGACCUCCUACUCAAGCUCCUAUUCCGGGUCCACAUCACCCAGAUCAAGCUAGAUACAGGCCAUAUUAUCAAUGAUAUGUUCAGUUUAAACUUCUUAGAUUGAUUCUAAUGUGUCAACACAGUUUUACAGUAAUGUAUAUAGAAAGUCUUAUGUCAUUCAAGGCACUCAAAAGGUUAAUCCUUGUUCCUGGGUUUUGGUGCAUAAAUAUUAUUGGUAACCAUAUGAAAACCUGUACCAUUGUAUAUACAUGAUCUAAAGUUUUUAAUGUGCUUUUGGCAAACUUAGAAUUUUCAAAGCGUGUGGUAGAAGAAAAGGCUAAUGUUUUUCACAAUUUGUAGCAGUAACCAUUAUGGGUAGUCCCACUUUUCCCCAUAAUAUUAUUUUUGUAACAUUGAAUUACUAGGAUUUCAUUGUGACCUUUAUCAAACUGUUAAAAUGAAUGUAACUUAAGUUUAGAUGUACAGAUAUGUUUAUUUUGUUUCUUUCUCUUUUCCUUUUUCUGCAAUAGUAACAUGCUGUUACACUGCUUUCUGGUAUUUCUUACCAUCAAUUCAAUAAAUACUAAGUUCACAAUA